GGCGGGCUCAGGGCGCGGCCUCCCUCUCUCUCGGCCGGUGCGGGGCUCCCAGGGCCCGGGCGGGGGUCCCGGGCUGCGCUGAGGGGCGCGGGUCGGCUCUCCUUAGCCCGGCCUGGCGAGCGCGGCUUGGGCCCGAGUUCGAGUUCCCACGCCGGCGCGCUGUGUGACCUUGGCCCUGCGCGCGCCCUCUCUGAGCCCCGCUCGUCGCCCUCGUCCAGGGGGACCCAGCCCUGGGGCCCUGAUCAGCGCGUUCUGCGGCUCCUCGGGGUCUGGACGAGAAAUCUGUGGUUCUGAUUCAGCGAAAGCAGAGGCUGCAGCGGACCCGCCGGCCCCCUUGAGUCCCCCGGCAUCAGCCUCUGCCGCCCGGCAGGGGUAGGACCGCUUCCCGGGCGUUGAGUUCCAGGAUCCCCAGCCCCCGAGGGCCCACCUGUGCCUGCUAUCACCUGAACGGGGCUCCCCAGCCCCCCAGAGCCCCUCCUGUGCCUGCUGUCACCUGAACGGGGCUCCCCGGUCCCGCCGACCGCAGCCCUGGAGCCUGCAGACGCCAGCAGCACCGGCAGGUCGCUCAGGGUAUCCCUUAAAUGACCUCUCACUCCAGAAGCCGCAGCCCUGCCCCUCUGCGAGAGGAAACCGUGCAUUUAGUCCGGGAACAGUGGGACUUAGACCUCCUCUGCGGGCUCCGGGCCACCGAGACACCGCCGGCAAAGCCUUGGCUCGGGCAGAGGCUCCGUCUGGCAGGCAGCACAACAAGCCGUAGUGUUUUCAGCAUUAUUAAAUUAUUUAGUUCAUAAUCGGGGCUGUGGGAACUUGGAAGCCCCGGAGUGAAUAGGAAUGUGAGUUGCAGGCGCGGUGCUGGACGCAGUACAUCUUCCAGGACACCAAGCCCUACGGUGCUGCUCCCGGCUGUGGGUGGCUGGGGACAGCUCAGCGGGUCCUCCACCUACCCCCACGCGGGGACCCGAGUUAGCCCCUCACCGUGAGCAUCUGGUGUUGGGAGUCAGGGCUGGUGUCUGAGUGAGGACGGAGAGAAAACGGGGGUAAUGGGGAGAUCGCUACACGAAGGUGCAACGCUUGAGGUCUGAAAGAGCACCUGCCUGGACUGGCAUAGAUGUUUGAUUUCCCUGCAAAGGAGUUUAUGGGACUUUGGACUGAUGCUUUGGGGCCAGCAGUAACUGUCAGCGGUCACUCAGCAGACUCCAGCUUUAUUAUCAAACCUCCAAUCGAGUGCAAGAUGCCAAGCUGGGGUAGAUGCCGGUUUCCAGCAGGAUGCCCCGGCUCUGCAGGAAGCUGAAGUGAGAGGCCUGGAGAGGGCCCCGCCCACCUGGGGCAGGAUGACCAAGGCCCGGCUGUUCCGGCUGUGGCUGGUGCUGGGUUCGGUGUUCAUGAUCCUGCUGAUCAUCGUAUACUGGGACAGCGCGGGCGCCGCGCACUUCUACCUGCACACGUCCUUCUCUAGGCCGCACACGGGGCCGCCGCUGCCCACGCCCGGGCCGGACAGGGACAGGGAGCUCACGGCCGACUCCGACGUCGACGAGUUUCUGGACAAGUUUCUCAGUGCCGGCGUGAAGCAGAGUGACCUUCCCAGAAAGGAGACGGAGCAGCCGCCUGCGCCGGGGAGCAUGGAGGAGAGCGUGAGAGGCUACGACUGGUCCCCGCGCGACGCCCGGCGCAGCCCCGACCAGGGCCGGCAGCAGGCGGAGCGGAGGAGCGUGCUGCGGGGCUUCUGCGCCAACUCCAGCCUGGCCUUCCCCACCAAGGAGCGCGCAUUCGACGACAUCCCCAACUCGGAGCUGAGCCACCUGAUCGUGGACGACCGGCACGGCGCCAUCUACUGCUACGUGCCCAAGGUGGCCUGCACCAACUGGAAGCGCGUGAUGAUUGUGCUGAGCGGGAGCCUGCUGCACCGCGGUGCGCCCUACCGCGACCCGCUGCGCAUCCCGCGCGAGCACGUGCACAACGCCAGCGCGCACCUGACCUUCAACAAGUUCUGGCGCCGCUACGGGAAGCUCUCCCGCCACCUCAUGAAGGUCAAGCUCAAGAAAUACACCAAGUUCCUCUUCGUGCGUGACCCCUUCGUGCGCCUCAUCUCCGCCUUCCGCAGCAAGUUCGAGCUGGAGAACGAGGAGUUCUACCGCAAGUUCGCCGUGCCCAUGCUGCGGCUGUACGCCAACCACACCAGCCUGCCCGCCUCGGCGCGCGAGGCCUUCCGCGCCGGCCUCAAGGUGUCUUUCGCCAACUUCAUCCAGUACCUGCUGGACCCGCACACGGAGAAGCUGGCGCCCUUCAACGAGCACUGGCGGCAGGUGUACCGCCUCUGCCACCCGUGCCAGAUCGACUACGACUUCGUGGGGAAGCUGGAGACGCUGGACGAGGAUGCCGCGCAGCUGCUGCAGCUGCUCCAGGUGGACCGGCACCUCCGCUUCCCCCCGAGCUACCGGAACAGGACCGCCAGCAGCUGGGAGGAGGACUGGUUCGCCAAGAUCCCCCUGGCCUGGAGGCAGCAGCUGUACAAACUCUACGAGGCCGACUUUGUUCUCUUCGGCUACCCCAAGCCCGAAAACCUCCUCCGAGACUGAAAGCUUUCGCGUUGCCCUUCCCCGCGUGCCUGGAACCUGCCGCACGCGCACUCGUUUUUUUAUGACCUACGAUUUUGCAAUCUGGGCUUCUUGUUUACUCCACUGCCUCUAUCCAUUGAGUACUGUAUCGAUAUUGUUUUUUAAGAUUAAUAUAUUUCAGAUAUUUAAUACGAAACGUGGAAGGGAAUGCUGGAGUAAAAUCUCCCCUCUGCCCGCCA